AUGAGCGAGCUGGUCGCGGCCUUCAGGAAUGAUGCGGGAUCUGCUGGCUCGUACGACGACUCAGACCGGCUUGUUCCAGGCAUGGGGCCGCCAGGGCCAUACCAACUGCCAGCCGUGGAGGCCCUUGCCUGGCACCACGACCCCGCCCCUCUACCACCCGUGGUUGCGGCGCUGCAGCGUCAACAUGAUCGCUUUGUUGCUUCACCGCAGUGGGCGCAGAUCCGGCACCACCACGAGGAGCAGCAGCAGCGGCUGCAGCAGCUGUGCGACCAGCGCGGCAGCAGCGAGGCGAGCUGCGUCGCGGGCGAUGCGGGCGACGCCGGCCAGGGCGGACCCGCUGCCUCCGCUGGCCCGGCGGGCUAG